AGUAGAGUACAGUUCACACCGUUUCUCAUCUCUCUACGACCGGCGUGCGUCGGCCUUCUCUCUGCUCUCACCGCUCUUCUUUUUCGUCGGCUCCCCCCUUUCCCGCUGGGACGACGUGCCCAAACGCGGAAACUUUCCCUCUCGUCUUCCUCGCCGUCGCCGGCAGGAAGCGGAGGAUCUACUCAAACUCCGGGAAAUGGAGCCUUCCCUUAUUCCUAAGCUGCUCCUCCUCUUGCUCGCGCUGUCGGCGCUCGCCCCCGGCCGGGCGGCCGCCACCGGCGUCUUCCAGGUGCGCCGCAAGUUCCCGCGCCACCAGGGCGCAGGUCCCGGCGGGGACGAGCACCUGGCAGCCCUCCGGGAGCACGACGGCCGCCGCCACGGCCGCCUCCUCAGCGCCGUCGACCUGCCCCUCGGCGGCAACGGACUCCCCACCGAGACAGGGCUCUACUUCACGGAGAUUGGGAUCGGCACGCCGGCCAAGAGCUUCUACGUGCAGGUGGACACCGGCAGCGACCUGCUCUGGGUCAACUGCGUCUCCUGCGACACCUGCCCCCGCAAGAGUGGCCUCGGGAUUGAGCUCACGCUCUACGACCCGGCGGGAUCGGGGAGCCACAGCGGGGUGACGUGCGGCCAGGACUUCUGCGUGAUUGCCAACGGCGGCGUGCCCCCCACCUGCCCCUCCGCCUCCUCGCCCUGCGGCUACAGCAUCGCAUACGGGGACGGAAGCUCCACCACCGGAUUCUUUGUCACCGACACCUUGCACUACAACCAGGUGUCUGGCAAUGCCCAGACCGCCUUGGCCAAUACAAGCAUCACGUUUGGGUGCGGGGCUAAGAUUGGUGGGGAUCUGGGCUCCUCAAACCAGGCCCUUGACGGGAUUCUUGGCUUUGGCCAGGCUAAUUCCUCCAUGCUGUCGCAGCUCGCCAAUGCAGGAAAAGUCACCAAGAUCUUCGCGCAUUGCUUGGACACCGUGAAUGGUGGGGGGAUUUUCGCUAUUGGGAAUGUCGUGCAGCCCAAAGUGAAGACCACGCCGUUGGUGGCCGGCAUGCCGCAUUACAAUGUCAACUUGAAAGCAAUUGAUGUUGGUGGUGCUAUGCUACAGCUCCCAAAAAGUAUUUUUGAUACACGUGAAAGUAAAGGCACCAUCAUUGAUAGUGGAACAACAUUGGCGUAUCUACCAGAGGUUGUUCAUAAGGCUAUACUGUCUGAGGUAUUUGCUCAGUAUGUAGAUAUGUCCUUUCAUGAUGUUGAAGAUUUCCUUUGCUUCAAGUAUUCUGGAAGUGUAGAUAAUGGAUUCCCCGUUGUCACCUUUCACUUUGAGGGAGACCUUUCACUCAAUGUUCAGCCACAUGACUAUCUUUUUCAAAAUGGGAACGAUUUGUACUGUAUGGGGUUCCAGAGCGGUGGAUUACAAACCAAGGAUGGGAAAGAUAUGGUGCUUUUGGGAGAUAUAGCAUUUUCAAAUAAACUGGUUCUGUACGAUUUAGAAAAUCAAGUAAUUGGAUGGGACAAUUACAACUGCUCCUCUAGCAUUAAAAUCAAGGAUGACAAGACUGGAUCGGUAUACACUGUGGAUGCACAUGAUAUUUCCUCUGGAUGGAGAUUUCAGUGGCACGAGUCCUUGUUUUCCUUGUUGGUAAUGACUUUGUUGACCUAUCUAAUGUUUUAGCACGACUUUGGGUUCAUGGAACUCUAAGUGCUUGUAACAUUAUUUUUUCUGUUCUUCCGGGGGGAAAAAAAGAAUAGUGGCUAGAUCGUAUACACCUAUAUGGGAAGGCGAGGGGAAAGGAAAUACACCGACCACCAUCUAAGGUUUGGUCAACUGAUUGUCACAUGAAUAAUACUUAUUGAAGUGAUCUGCCAA